CGUGCUGAUCAGGGCGUGUGUGCGUGAGGUGCAACUAGAGGACGAGCGACCACAUCGGCUCCACUCUGGAUCACAUUCAGCUUCCUACAUCUCCUGCUGGAAGUCCACAAGAAGAUUCAUCCCGUCGUAGUUAACUAAAACGUUUACUCGACGAUUUAGUAACUACUACAUAAUCAACUAUGAAGCUGUUGUGGGCUGUCAGCGCCCUGCUGCUGCUGAGCUGCUGGAGAGCCAACGCGUCCACAGCGGGUUUUAUCAAAUGUCCCCUGUCUCAGAUGAAGCUGAUCAGUGACAGCGCAAAGCUGCAUUGUGAGGUGAUAGGGAACCCCAUCCCCGAGGUGCAGUGGUGGUUUGUAGAGGGUGAAGAGCCCAACGAGACCUUCACCCAGCUCUUUGACGGGGCACGGGAUAACUGUGUGCAAAUCAAUGCCACAUACAUAGCCCACGCCACGAGCACCAUUCACCUCACUAGCCUCACCCUCAACGACUCGGGCACGUAUGAGUGCCGCGCUUCCAAUGACCCCGACCGCAAUGAACUGAAGAAGACGCCAAAAAUCAAGUGGAUCCGCUCGCAGGCAAACGUUAUUGUGAUCGAAAUCCCCACAAUCAUUGCUGAACCUCUUGAGGUCAGCAACCAGACCUCCGCAGUCCUCCACUGCAACCUGACAGAUUCCAACCUUCCCGUCAAGGGCUCCCACUGGAUGCACAACGGCAAACUCAUUGAAGACACCAAGUCCGCUGAUGCCGCUUCAUACACAAUCCUUAGUUUGGACAAGAUCACCCACAGUACUAGUGGGAAGUAUGAAUGUGUGUUCCUGACAGACCCAGAGGCGAAGCAGACAAUUGAAGUCAAAACACUCCCCCAUGUUGCUGCCUACAAGCACUCCGAGCACGGCAAUGAGAACGACAAAGGGGUGAUGAUCUGUGUGAGCCAUGGCUAUCCACUGCCUACUGACUGGACCUGGUUCAAACAGGAAGACGGCUACCAAACGCCUAUCAUCAACGGCACUACCAACAAACAUGAGAUCAAGAGCACCCCCAACAAGACCACUCUGAUCAUUAAUGAGCUGAGCAUCGAAGGCGACAUCGGAGACUACAUCUGCUCCGGAACCAACGAACUCGGCACAAACACCGACAAGAUCCACCUGCGUGUCCGCAGCCGGUUGGCUGCUCUCUGGCCCUUCCUCGGCAUUGUGGCCGAGGUCAUCAUCCUGGUGACCAUCAUCUUCAUCUACGAGAAGAGGAGAAAGCCCGAUGAGAUCACCGACGAUGACGACUCAGGCGCUGCUCCUCUGAAGAGCAAUUCUACUGAAAAUCACAAAGACAAGAAUGUGAGGCAAAGGAAUUCUAAUUAGAAGCUGAAAAAGAUGGACAUCCAGAUGGCAGUCCAGGAUCCAGCUGUUGUGUGGCACAUUAUACUGUGCACCCUGCAAAUUUUAAGUACCUUUUUGUGCUUGGGUGUUGUUAAGGAACCGACUGAUUUCCUCUCGUUUUUGUUUUCUUCUAUAUUCUCCUCCACAUUGUGCAGCCACAGAACAUAGCGUGAAGUAAUUUUUCUGCUUGAGGCCGCGGGGCAAAUGUUGCAUGAGUUUAAAUGCCGUUAUAGCAAAGUGUGUGUUUGUUGUGAAAUCAUUAGACAGAUCAUGUGAGGAAUGCCUCUUUGUGGUUAUUUUUCUGUUGAUGCUAAUGCUUCCUACACUGACCUCACAAUUGUCGGUCUUUGCUUUUACGUUCUCCAAUCAGGAAUGUUUACUAAAGCAGCACAAGUUCUGUUUUUGAGGAUCUGAACCAGCUCUGAUCCGGACACAUCACUGCCAUUCUUACAGCAACGACCGGAGUGCGUUUGAAUUCACACGUUUGACCUGUUCCUACACCACCGUAAACCUCCCUUAGCAGAGUUUUAUGCUUUGCCUUAAUACUAACAAGCACCAUUUCUCUUUUGUGUACAAAUGUGACACCACAAAUGAAAUGCAGAAAAGAUUUAAUGUCUGCUAGGUUUUGUUGCCAUACGAAAUUAUAAUUCUUUUUAGUAGGAAAGUCUUUUAAUUCAAGCUUUUAUUUCCUUUUUCCUAUUCACAUAUUUAAAAAUCAAAGUUUUAGUCAUGUUUUUGUUGUCACAUCCAGAGUAAAAAAUUUAUUGUGGACCAAGUUCAAAAGAUGUAACAUCUGUUACUUCUCUUGAAUGCAACUUGAAUACUAUAUAUUAAUAUUUCAGUUUAGUACAGCAGAUAAACAUUUUUCUCUCACUCACUGUGAUCUGAGAUAAAAACAUUAGUGUGCGAUUGUUGGACCACUUUGUUCCCUUCACUGUGUAGAUGAUUCUGAAGCCAUAUGUUCCAUUUAACCCGAUUAGUGUUGUGAUUGGAUGUUACCAUUUCAGAGUUACACAGAUUAAAAAAAAAGACCUAGCCAGAAUUGUGUGAAUUGUUGUACCAUCCAAGUACAUGGAACACCAUCUGUUGUACAACUUGCACAAACUGAAUAAAGGUAUUCGAUUUUA